AUGUCCGAAACCAAGAAGUUCGAGAUCGCAAUUAUUGGGGGUGGCAUUGCAGGAAUAACCCUAGCCAUAGCACUGUACCACCGCCAGAUCCCCGUCAAGAUAUAUGAACAGGCACCUCAGUUUGGCGAGAUUGGCGCCGGUGUAUCGUUCUCCCCCAAUGCAGUACAAGCCAUGAAGUUAUGUCAUGAAGGUGUCUAUGACGCAUUUGAGAAAGUCUGUACGCUCAAUGUGUGGCCUGAGAAAAAAUAUGUCUGGUUCGACUACCUCGACGGUUGGGAGGGACCAAAACCGGGACAAGAGAGGCAGGACAUUGCAUUCUCGAUCAAGAACUCUCUGGGUCAAAAUGGCGUCCAUCGCGCGCACUAUCUGGAUGAGAUGGUCAAAUUAGUCCCCAAGGGCAUUGCCCGGUUCGGCAAGAGGCUCGUCAAUAUCACCGAAAACGAGUCCACCGGGAGACUGGUUAUGGAUUUCGAGGACGGAUCGACUGCCGAGGCCGAUGCCGUAAUAGGUUGUGAUGGUAUCAAGUCUCGCGUCAGGCAGAUCAUUGUUGGAAAGGACCAUCCCAGUUCGAAACCGAGCUAUACUCACAAGUAUGCCUAUCGAGGGCUUGUGCAGAUGGAGGACGCUAUCAAGGCAGUUGGCGAAGAGUUGGCCGUGAAUUCUUGCAUGCACAUGGGUCCUGAUGGGCAUGUAUUGACGUUUCCAGUCAACCAUGGCAAGACACUGAAUAUCGUCGCCUUCAGAACGAGUCCCGAAGACUGGCCCGAUUCCCAGCGCUUGACGAGACCAGCGAAGAGGGAGGAAGCUUUGAGAGAGUUUAGCGGAUAUGGCUCGAACGUGAUCCAACUCUUAAAGCUAACAAAGCCUGACUUGGACGUGUGGGCAAUUUUUGACCUGGGGGACAACCCUGUACCUACUUUCCACAAGGGCCGCACCGUCAUCAUUGGAGACGCAGCUCACGCGACGAGCCCUCAUCACGGUGCAGGAGCCGGCUUUUGCAUCGAGGAUUCUGCUGUCCUUGCCUCCUUACUCGCGGAUGAGCGGGUGCAGUCUCCAUCAGACUUGGACGCAGUAUUCGCAACGUUCACUGCUCGGCGCAAAGAGCGGGGUCAGUGGCUUGUUCAGAGUAGUCGGUGGGUUGGCGAUUGCUACGAGUGGCGCGCCGAGGGCAUAGGGAGAGAUUUCGUCAAGAUCGAAAGUGAGAUUAAUGAAAGGAAUGGAAUCAUUGCAAAUGUGGAUGUGGAGGAAAUGUGCAGGGAAGCGAAGGAGGAACUGAGGAGGAGACUCGACUCAUGA